CAAGCGCCUCAGUUUCUAGUUUCGGUUUAAUCAGCUCACAUUUAGAAACCUCGACACAGAAGAAACCGUCACGUUAGUGUGUAUGGAUCCGCCCAGCCUCAGCUGAAGCAGCAAUGAGUUCGUAUCAGUAUCUGAGAGAGUUCAUCAAGGAGAGAAUAACUGCUGUUUGUGAAGAAAUCUUCUCAGAGGUUCAAAAAAACAUCGUCCAGUAUGAGGAGAAGAUCAACUGUCAGCACAGACUGCUGGAUAUCAGCCGGAAACCCGACAGAAACUCACACAUCAUAGACCUCACACAACAACAUGAUUGUGAGGAAGAGGAGAGUCUGGAUGAGGAGCAGGUCUGUAACCAGGACAGGAAAUCCAGUGUGGACCAGGAGGACCCAGAGCCUCCACAGAUUAAAGAGGAACAGGAGGAACUCUGCAGCAGUCAGGAGGGAGAGCAGCUUGGACUGAAGAAGGAAGCUGAAGACAUUAUUGUCUGGAUUGAUGAAGAGCAGCUUAGGCUGCUGGAGAUGGUCUGGAAACCUGAGAUACAGUCACACAGAACAGACCUUCACCAGCAGAGUGUCCGUGAAGAGGAGGUGGUCACCAGAGAGAAGCAGGUCUGUAAUAAGGAAAGGAACUCCAGUCUGGACCAGGAGGACCCAGAGCCGCCACAGAUUAAAGAGGAACAGGAGGAACUCUGCAGCAGUCAGGAGGGAGAGCAGCUUGUACUGAAGCAGGAAAGUGACUACAGUGAACCAGAACCAAACAGUGAGCAGUUCAUUUCUCACAUCUCUCCUGAAGCAGAGAGCCGAGAUCAUGACGAAAGCCAGCGUGUGGACUCAGGAUCAGCUAGAAAGGCAGAGCUGAAAAAGAAUAGAUAUGGCAGAAAGAGAAGUCGCAGUCAGAGAGUAAACAACACUUCUGUGUCAGAGAGUCAGAGUAAACCUCAGAACAGGCAUAAGCAUCUGAUAUGUGACAUAUGUGGAAAGCUUUUUCAAAGGAAAUCCAAAUUGAUUAGACAUCGGAGAAUUCACACAGGUGAGAGACCACAUUCCUGUAACACCUGUGGGAAAAGAUUCAUUCAGAAAUCACAUUUGAGUACUCAUGUAAAAAUUCACACAGAUGAGAAGCCACAUCUUUGCAGGACCUGUGGAAAAAGAUUCAAACUAACCUCUGCAUUGCAACGUCAUGUAAAAAUUCACACAGGUGAGAAACCGUAUUCCUGUAGCAGCUGUGGGAAAAGAUAUAGGCGGCUUGAAUAUGUAAAGACUCACAUGAAAAUUCAUGCUGUUUAAAGUGUCUUCCUCAGAAAAUGUGUUGUGAUUCGUCAUACUUCUUUUUGACAGAUGGAGGUUCUGCUGUUUGUUUGUUGUUGUUGUUUUUAAUUUGUUGUUAUGGAGCUCCAUUAAUCCAUUUACACACAAUCUUAUCUCAGAGUGAACUCAGCUGACUGAACUUACUCUGAUCAGCUGCACUGGAACUGAAAACUCAGAAUUGCUGAUGCCAAAAUUAAUCAGCUCUUGAACAUGCUUCCCAGAAUAGGGCAGUUUAUUACCUCAUUAUUAUAUAGUCAGGGAAAAAAACUUUUUGAACCUCUGCUGAAAUUGUAAGUCUGCCUACUAACAAAGGCAUUAUCAGUCUAUGAAUUCAAUGGUAGGUUUAUUUGAACAGUGAUAGAACAACAACAACACCGAAAAUCCAGAAAAAUGCAAAAAAAAAAGUUAUAGAUCAAUUUGCACGUUCAUGAAUGAAAUAAAUAUUGGGUCCCUUUGCAAAACAUGCUUUAGUGCUUGGUGGCAAAACCUUUGUUUGCAAUCACAGAGGUCUGAUGUGUCUUGUAGUUGUCUACGAGUUUUGCACAUAUCUCAGUGGGGAGUUUGUCCCACUCCUCGUUGCAGAUCCUCUGAGUAAUUAAUGUUUCAUGGCAUCUCAAACCUUCAGCUCUUUCCACAGAUUUUUCUAUGGGAUUAAGGUCGCUUAGACCAAUCCUUUGUAGCCUUGACCAUGUGUUUUGGAUCACUGUCAUGCUGGAAUACCCACUAACGACCCAUUCUCAAUGCCCUGGCUGAGAGAAGGAGAUUCUCAACCAAGAUUUGACAGUACAUGGCCCCUUCCAUCCUCUCUUAAAUCCGGUGCAGUUGUCCUGUCCCCCUGGCAGAAAAACACCCCCAAAGCACAAUGUUUCCACCUCAAUGUUUAACAGUGAGGACGGUGUUCUUGGAGUCAUAGGCCAUAUAGUUUUAGGCCGUAUGUUAUAUGUAUGUUGUUUUAUGUUUUUAUCUUCCGUGUUUUUAUUGCCUGUUUCUAUUGUAAAGCACUUUGUAGUUUUUCACCUGUGAAAGGUAAUGUAUAAAUAAAGUUUGUUUACUUAC